AUGGUUCGCACAACGAUCGCUUGUGCCCGUUGUAGGAAGGCCAAGAUCAAGUGCGUCCACGAUGGCAUACCACCCUGCCGUGGCUGCUCCAAGCGCGACGCGACGGCCGAGUGCGUCCUUUCCAGGCCUGUCCUGGAAUGCAGACAGUCACCACAGUCACCCGUGAGAUCCCAUCAAACAAACCACCGACGACGCCGUAUUGGAUCCACCAAGCCCGGAGAUGAACAGCGGUCCUGGCCCAAUGUUGACGACAAAUCAAGAAGAUGCCACCACUCCACCGUGGCACUGGCACCAGUAUCGGGCCAUAAACCGGAUAUCGGGUUUGUCCCUCUAGUCCGCAGGGCCGCUGCCGUCUUUGUGACCCACUUUCCCGAGCUCGGCUUCCUGCAUAUGCCGAGCUUCACGCAAGAGUUACAGCAGCUGGAGGAGCCAGUUGCCGAUGGUGUCAACGGCCCGGAUCUGUCACUGCCUUCGAAUUACAGGGUCAAACUCAAAGCCCUGUGCUCAGGCAUCGUGGCUUUGUGCGCCCCGCUAAUGACGGAAGAAAUCCACUGCCGCGAAAGCUACGCCGCGCCGGCCAUCUCCCGCAUCUCCGUGUUUGAUCUGCCCGACAGGCAUACCGUCCAGACACUCUUGGUUCUCGCCAUGUACGAAUGGGGCAAUGGCCGGGCAUAUAGGGCCUGGGUAUAUAGUGGUCGGUUUAUUUCAUUAAUUUUUACUGUCCACUUUAUCAACCACGCGGUUGCGCUAAAUAGUAGUUGCUCCCCAGGCAUGGCGACGCGAAUGGUGCAGCUGCUGCACACAAUGUCCAAGUCUGGAGAUCUUUCAGACCUCCAACUUGAAUGCUUAAACCGCACCUUUUGGAGUUGCUACGUCAUGGACCGUCUCAUCGUCUGUGGUAAACCUCAACCGCUCUCACUUCCCCUGGACGCCAUGGAAAUCUGCUGGCCCGUUGGACAGCGCGACUUCGCGUUCGGCCACGCUCCAGACCGACCAUGCCCCGCCGGGGAAGAUGGGAGGGCCGCCGUGUGCAACGACCUUGACGAUUACUAUCGGCUUCUACUGCAGGGCUACGAAAUUUGGGCGCAAAUCCUCAAGUGGAUCACUGUUGGCGGUCGACGUCGCGAGGACUUAUGCUCGGCUGGUGGGGUCCCCUGGGCAGCCGGAUCUCUGUGGAGUUCAUUGCAUGGUCAGUUGCAGGCCUGGCGAAGCACCCAUGGGAGUCGGAUUCGAUUCCCCGACACUACUGUCGAAGCCCACGAAGGGAAUACAUUCCUUUCCUCCCCACGCCCACCUCGGAGCCAUCAGGCCCCGUCGAUCCUCCACUCCUUCCCCAAGAACCCCCUCUUGCACUGGUGGUCAACCCGCGCCGACGAGCUUUUCUCCUCGGCAUCCCACCUCACCUCGAUCCUUCGCCUCAUGGACUCGGCCUCUACUCCAUUCCUUACCCCCUUUGCCGCCUUCUGCACAUUCUCUGCCGCCACCAUGAACAUCUACGUAAGCUGCUUCCCGCGCAUGAACCUCGGUCGGAGCGAAGGCUCCUCCAAGGCCGACAGCGACGCGAACCUAGCAUACUUGGAUCGCUUCCGGGCCCACUGGCGGCGGGUGGGCCAGGGAUGGUGGGAUACUAUCUGCCAAACGCAGUCACUAUAUCAGCGAGCGAGUAGGGACCGGGUAAAGUAUCAAGGUAAAACUCGCGAUGACUUCGUUGCUCUCGAAUCGUCCAUGCAUGACUCGUCGGGCAUAUCGCCGAGCUCAGCUACCGCGGACGCAACUGCCACCAAGACGAUGGCUGCAGGAGUCGAGACGACGACGGGGCUCCCCAGUGACCCGCACGAGGAUGGGCCGCCAGAGGAUAUCAGCGGUCCUAUUUCGUUGGAUGGGGAUAAUAUUGUUGCCGCAGCUAUGAGUCUUCAGGAUCUCUCGCAUUCGAAUUCACACCCACAUUCCGGCUGGGGUUUGAAUUCUCCUGUGUUUCCUGACCCCGCGAGCGACUGGAACGAUAUUUGGCCUCUGUGGGGGGAGCAGCGGGCUUUCCCUUACGGGUUCGACGGCGUUCAGUGGGAGGGUAACGCGGACGGUACGAACUUAUCUGCAUUAGGCUUUAAGUAA